AUGCCUGUCGCCGGUGAGCCGUUGCUCGAUGAUGCCUCCAAUGAUCCUACUCAUAAAACUCGCUGGAGUUAUACGAGUUCUACUGAUCUUCCGCUGCCCGAUGAAGACCCCACGCAGCCGUUCUGUCCUCGUCAUGUCACUACCAUUGCUUUAUUGAAUAGGAGUUCUUUUGGUCCUUACCCAGUUGGCGUGGGUUCAGCGACUCCCCAUCAUGAUUGGCAUUUUGGGAAUCUUGACUACAUUCUGUCGCAUCGGAGCUGGUGCCGAGUGUGUGGCCUUAUUGCAGAUGUGAUCAAUGAAGAUCCUGCAAACUCCAUGUCGGAGCACAACAAUGCAGAAAUUAUUGCCUGCUGGGUUUGGGACGGAGUGCUCAGCAGGAGCGGCGACGAAAUGGGAACCCUCCGGCUGAGAGUUGCCCCUGAGAUGGUUGGCUGGGAAGACUUGUUUGAGCCGUUCGAUCUGGUUCCCCUGGCGGACAGUGGUAUAGACAGGUGUUUGUUUCUCGGACGGAAAAUUGAGGAGGAUCGGUUUGACCUAGAGCUCGUCAAAGUUUGGACCAAGAGUUGUACUGAAUGGCAUGGCAGUGAGUGCCUAGAUGCAACGCCGUGGCAGACUUGUCACUUUGGUGUGCCAUUCAUUCGGAUGAUCUCCCUCACGGACUACAACUUGAUUGAGACAUCGCGUCCUCCACCAUACGCAGCGUUGAGUUACGUGUGGGGGGCUUCCCCCGUAUUCAAGACGUUGCAGGGCAAUGUCAAAGACUUGAUGCAGCCACAAGGUCUGCCGGUACCGUCUCUUCCGAGAUCGAUUCGUGAUGCUAUGGUUCUAGCACGCGAUCUUGGUUUUCAAUACAUAUGGAUCGAUUCCAUAUGUAUCAUACAAGAUUCCGCGGAAGACAAAGUGCAGCAACUUCGCAUGAUGGACAACAUUUACAGUCGUGCAAGUCUCACCAUCGUCGCUGCAGCUGGUGCUCAUGCCGACGCAGGAAUUCCUGGCUUACAACCGGCAACCAGAUGUCGAAAACAGCAUACAGUCCAGAUUUCUAAAGACCUGACUCUUGUGGCCCUAAAUCCAGAUACCCAUCGCAAAGCGACGGCCACAACGUGGAAUACGAGAGGCUGGACUUAUCAGGAACGACUUCUCUCAAAACGGUGUGUUUUCUCUUUCCCUGAUGGAUCUGUGAGCUUUCAGUGCUCAAAGGCUGUUUGGGGUGAGGAUUACUACGCCGAGACACCGGAUAUGAAGCGUUGCGCGCCGAUGAUGGACAUUUCCUUGAAUCGAAGCUGGAUGGCCCCGGGUUAUGUCAACACGAGAGGUGCUCCAACCGUGCAUAUAAUGAAUACGCCGUAUCUACACGAAUACUGCAGGCUUGUCGAGGAAUACACUGGCCGUAAUAUGUCAUACCCGAGCGAUCGACUACCCGGCAUCAAUGGUGUUCUAGACGUCUUUCGAAGAGAGUUUGGUCUUCAGUUUCUUCAUGGGUUGCCGGAAGUUCUCAUUCAUAUGGCUCUUCUCUGGCAGCCACGCAACAAGCUGAAGCGUGUACCCAAAGAUCCCCGGACUGGUUUACCGUUCUUUCCCAGUUGGUCGUGGACCGGUUGGACUGGGCCAGUUGGAUAUGAGAACUGGGAUGCCUUCAAUGGUAUGCCUGAGCUGGAGGAUCGUGCAAAGCGUGUCAUUCCUUUCGGAAAGUUGGCCAAGAUGGGGUUAAGAGACUUCGAAUAUAUUCCUUUACCAACAGAGCUUCAAUCAUCCCUCAAUUGGUCAAGAAUUUCUACACCGAGACAAGGGACUUGUUAUGUUUUGGAUGACAAUGCCAACAGGUAUCAUUCGAUCCCUUACAUAUCACCAUCCACGAGGCCAGAAGAAGUCAGGACAUUUGGGCAAACACUUUGGCUCAGUCUGCGCACGCGUGUCGCGCGUUUCCGGUUAACAAAUCUUGUCUUGAGUUCUGAUUUUAAUAAAGAGGACUUUCCGAUCGAGAAACGUGGCCGCUUUGGGCUUUCUCUGCCGUCGCCAUCUGCAGGCGACCGGCCCUGGUUGGGAACAAUUCUUCUACCUGUGCAAUAUCAUGCCAAGAUGACCCAAGACCAUGAAUUCAUCAUUCUCUCUGAAAGCUAUGGAUUCAAUCGUCAAGAGAUGGCACCAGCGGCAGCCACUAAAACGAAACCCUUUGAAGUUUACGAUGUGAUGAUGAUACGGAGAGUUGUUGACGAGGAGUUGGCGCAGUAUCGAUCUCGACUUGCAUCCGAAUCAGCACAAAUGGAUAAGUGGUUCGAUGGAAAAAGUAUUGUGGAGAGGAUUGGAGUUGGGCGGAUGGUGAAGAAUGCUUGGGAUAGUGAUGGCCACUGGGAAGACUUUGUUCUUAUCUGA